GUCUCUCUCCCAUGGAACUUGGAAGUAAACAAACAUGGCAGGAACAACGGGCAGUGGAAAGAAACUCGUUCGUUCCAAGUCUGGCCUGAGGGUUGUGCCCCUAAACGAAACCGACCGGAGCCCUUUCGAGCUACAGGAACCAGAAUGGGUACCUGACAAGAUGAGCCCAACAUGCAUGGACUGUAAGGAGAAGUUUGAUUUUUUAAAGAGAAGGCAUCAUUGUCGCAGAUGUGGUAGAGUUUGUUGUGCUUCUUGUUGUGAGACUCGAUUAUCAUUGCCACGAAUGUGCUUCCUUGAUCCUGUACGUGUAUGUGGCCCUUGCGCUGAGACAACUACCAAGGAAAAUCUUUUUUAUAAUAAAGACUUAAAAGUUCUAAUUACAGGGGCCAUUUUAACUCAGGCGCUUCCUUCUGAAACCGAAGAGACAACGCUUGUGCAUUGCCGUCUCUCCCCAGAUCACCGGCAAUUAAUAAUUGCAGGACCAGUUGAUGAUGGAUCAACUCCUCUUGCCAUACCAAUGCAUCGUGUCACUGGCCUUCAUGUUGUGGGACGAGAGCAGGAUCCUCCAGGGAAUUUAACUGUGACAGGAUUAAUUGUGCAGUAUUGCUUGCCUGGAGAAGAGGAAGAUGAAAUAGGUCUGGCUGCUCCCCCAGAUGCUACUGUGUCUGCAUACUCCUUCCUUACAGCUUUAGAAAAGGCUGUGUUCAUGAUGCAAGAAUCUAGGGCUGUUAUUGGCACUGGGGAGUGAGCUGAGACUAAAGCUGUGGAUACCAGACUUCAGCAAGGGACCAAAAUGACAAGAACUGUGGCUUAAAGCUCCCAUAUCAUUUUAACGAUAUAGUAUUACCAACUCAGUCUUUUACGAACUGUUCUAUGUCCAAUUUGUACUGUUCAUCUGCAAAGCAUUAUAUUUGUUGCAAAAUAAUUUGUCAUUGUAUUAGAGCUAGCUUGAAAUAUUUCAUAACCUAUAAAGCAAAUGUUGCAGGGCAAAGGUAUUAUGGAUGAAAUUGAUAUUUAAAGACACUUCUUUGUUCUGUAAGAUUUUUAAAAUGUUUGGGAACAGUAGGUUAUGAAGGAUUAUACACAAAUAUGAAUCAUUUUCCAUAGGUGUCAUAUGUAAUAUUUUAGAACUAAAUCCACUGGUAAGUUAUAUGCAUUCAUUCCCAUAUGCCCAAAAUCUUCAUUCCGGUUGUGUCCUGGAGUUCUAUUCUGUCAUCUCUUUUUUCCGCCUCUUUAUUACUGAUGUUCUUGAGUACCUAUUCUCUUACUCAUGCUUUUGAUAAUGAAUUAAUCAUCCAUGUAAUCUGCUUCACCUCCAAGCCAUCUCCUGUCACUUACUGCAGGCAGCCUUGAAUGCCUUUAGCUAUCAACUUUGAACUGGAUUAGCAUACUAUUGGAAUGGUGACCCUGCAACAGAGGUUCAAUGCCUGUACGGCAAUUUAAAAUAUUUCCUUCUCUCUCAUUCAUUGUAUGAAGUCUAUUAAUACAAAUGAAAUUUACCCACUUAACUUUACCUCUGCAUCAUAUAUCUAGACAUUUGUGGUCUUGUCUUGUUGAAAAGUGAAUAAUGAACUAAAACAAAGAAGUUAGCUUUGUAUGAAGAGACUGGAGGAAGCCAAUGAAUGUUAAAAGAUGGAAGCAGGGCAGCUGGCAUUGAGUGGAACCUAUGGGUCUAACAGUGAUUAAAUGGGGCCUCAUUUUUCCAAGUGGGAAAGAUAAGGCUAAUAUAAAGCUCAAGUUAUGGACAUGACAGUUCUACUUGUGCAUUAGAAGUGGAAUUCUGUGUUUUUUUUCAUUUUGAAGAGUAGGUUUGUAUUCAAGAUUAGACCGAUCAUUUCAUUGUCAUCAACAAAAAUAAAAUUACUCUUUCUCUCUCAAAUAUUGUAUUCAUAAUGCAAGUUAAAAUUUCACUAGAAUUUGUAUGUAGUUGAUUUAACAGAUACAUACUAUCCAUUUGCGGAUUAUCAAAGGAUGAAUACUGUUUUUUUUUUACAGCUUAGCAUUGCAAAAUUAAUACGAAUAUAUCAUACUAUGAUGUGUUUGGAUGUAUAUUGCAUUACACAGUAUUGACUGAUGAUACUGAAAAUGUACCAAGAAAUAAUGAUCCUGAUUUUCAGAAGAUAUGAGAAUUUUAAGAUGAUGCCAUAUUCAGCCAUACUAUGUACAAAGUUUUGCUGGGAUCUAAACACGAAAGAAUCUGCUUCAUUUGCCUUUAGCGGCUUAUGUCUAUUGUGAUACGUACUUUAUGUCACAAUCUCAAAUAUGUCAUAGCAUUUAUUCGGGUAAUAGCAAUUGUCAGCAUAUUGAGAAUAUUACAGUACGGUGAAUGUUCAUUGACUAGCACAACUUUGCGUUACAAAUACACCCCAUAGUUACUAAUCCUAGUGUAUGUAAUGGUGAUUGAGUAGAGAAAAUUUUAGGCAUGAAACAGCAUUAGUUUCUGUAGUUUAGAUACUUCAUCAUAUAUCCUUUUUAUAUGGUUUGCACUGUCAUCUUUCAGCAGUCAUAUGAAUAAACUUGGAUUACAUUGAAGGGUACUGUUUUGUGUGUGUGUGUGUGUGAGGUGAAAGAGCUCAUUUUCUUUUUGUAGAAUUAGAAUACGUACUCCCUAUGUGUACUUCCCAAGUCCUUCCUUUGAAUUGAUCACUCGGAACCGAUGCUGUGAUGAUGCAGCAUAUUGAUUGUGCCUCAGUCAUCAUAUUGUGCCUUAAUGUUGUUAUUAAUUUUUAUUGAUUGUUACUUAAAAAAAUUUCUUUAUUAACCGACUGUUAGGUUAUUUUAAUACAGAUUUAGUGUAUGUAUUUUUCCAUCAAACUUCUAGGGUUUUUUUAUUUUGAAUAUGCAAAAAUACAAUUUUCAACCAGAAAGGCAUUGAAAUUUUGCAUAUUUUUCUUUGUAGUUUCAGUUCAAUACAGUACAGUAAAUGUAGUUUUUAUAUACUACUAAUAUUACAUACUUGUUUCAGUUUGACUUAAAUUUUAAAUUCGACAUUCUUUGCUGUUCUACUCUGGUGCUAAAUAGUAAUUAAUUACGGCUAAGGACAUAAUAGAAUUCAUAGUGUAUUGUGCAUACUUUGUCAUGUAAUCUGACAUUAGUAAAAGUAUCAUACUGAUUUGUCAAAUUAUGACAUAAACUGAUGUCAUAAUAUUUCAGUAAGAGAUUGCUUGGUGUAAUGUUUAAUACUGUUUUGUUGGGUCUCCAUUUAUAUUCCCCAAUUUUAAUUUUCAUUAAAACCUCAUUGAACAAUUCCUUUUGAACUUUGCUGCUGCUACUGUCACCAGCAGUUGGUAUACAUUGUAUCAAAUUGAGAGACAUUCUUUUGACCUAAAGAUUUACUUCUGACAAAAUGUGGCUCACAGAGAGUUAAUGGUCAAGUUAUUUUCUCUUGUUUGGAAUAAUUUUUAUUCAUUGGGAAGUCAUUCACAUAUGUGAAUAUGAUAACCCUUGUGCAGCUUUUCAGAUUUUUAUAAAGGAGCUAGGAAGUGAGUUCAGAUAGGUCACGACAAUAGAUUCUUUUUGGUCAGAAUUUGGAAAAUAAAUUAGCUUCUGAAGUGGUUCUCAAAUACUACCGGUCAGUGGUGUAUUAUAAUUGUCCUUGUUUUACUUUUGUCUUUGUAAUGAAAACAUGUUUUGAAUUUGAACACUGAAUAUGCUUAUAAAUUCUGAGCAGUUUUUUUUUGUAAGCCAGGUCAUUUUAAGAAAAUUCUUUUGUCAUCCUUAAUGAUAAUCUCUAAUUUAUUACAUACUUCAGUUUCAUCUAUUUUUAGUAUGAGAGUAAAUUUUGUACAUGCCACAAUUGAACAUCAUGUUAUUGGUAUGGGUAAAUUAUAUGCUUUACUAUAAUUAUUAUUGUAAUAUUAAUAGUAUGUAUACUAUUUUUAUAUAUCAUUGAUCAGUAUUACAAGUUUGCUCAUUAUGAUCAUUAUUGACCUUAGCACAAAUUGGAUCUUUACUGUUUUUUAUGCAUUGUGUAUUGUAUCUCUUCAUGCACUGUGGAGUCUCCUGUAGCAGGUAUCAGUUUUACAUUCCUUGUUCUGUGAUGAUCUUCAUGAGUUAUGUUCACUCCUUCCUGCACAUAAUAUGUACACGAAUUAUGACUUUGUCAUUGAGUGCUGAGGGUAAUAGAUAAUGCUUCUUGCGAGUUCCCGUAACAAAAAUACCUUUAGUCUUUUGGAUCGGUACAUAACUGAAACAAAUACAAGCAAUCCUUUCACUAGUUUUGCAGUUUAGAACUUUUGGAAAGCUUAAAAUAUUCUCCAGUACUUGACUGGCGAUUUUUGGAAAGCUUAAAUGUUCUUCAGCACUUGACAGCUGUGCAAGGUCAGUACUAUCACUGAUGCACUAUUAUUAGUAUUAUGAUAAUUUUUUGUUCUUACCUCAUUCAGUGUUGACAUUGUUACAUCAGCUUAUCAAGAUAGUUUUCUAGCUCAAGUAUUUUUAAGGAAUGAAUCUGAAGGCAACUUAUACUGUUGAUAAAUAGUUAACCAGACCACAAAGUUGUCUCUUAACUCUCUAAAACCAAUUAAUGUGUCCAUGACAUACUAUGAAAUAUUGGGAAUCCUUUUAUUCAUUGUAUGUACUUGAAUUUGUGUCCUUUGUCAUGUGUGGUUUGCAGUAUAAUUGUGCCAGACAACAAUCAUGGUUAGUAGCACCUCAUUUCAGAUCUGAAGUUGGCUAAUGACAUUUUGACGAUACUGACGACCUCUUACACUGUACCCCAUGAUUGAUGGCUCAUUCACCAGUGUGUGUCCGUAACAGUGUAUAAGUGUUUUUCUGUUGUCUUCCAUGUCAGUGUAUCAAGGACUUUGUUUUUCCUGUGAAGUUAAAGCUAUUGUCUUUUGCACAAGACGUCAUAUCUUCCUGUCAAUUAGUUUUCUCCGUUUGAAGGGAAGAAGUCAUUAUUAAUGUCCACUACAAUUGUUUCCCUUAUUCAAACAUAUCCUCAGUAAAAAAAAAAAAAUCUUUGUAAGUGAUGUAUCAUAACAGGUUAGGAUGAAGAUUCAGAAGGAUUUUCCCCAGACAAGAGAUUGAUUUACAUUUUAUGAUGGAGUUGUACUCUAGAGGUUGAAUUUUAUUGUUCAUAGGAUCUGGUAUACUAUAUAAAUAUGAAAUAUAUUCUUAUAUUAUUAGUAAUAAGAUUUGUGAUAUAUGGUAGAUUUAUAUUCAGAUGUAGUGUUUAUGUUUAGUAAAGAUAAACUGGA